AUGGUCGACUCACUCUCGGAUCGAUCACACCUAUCUGUAUCAAGCUUCAAAAGUGACAUCAAGCGUCUUACUGUCGAGCAUUUACGGCUCGAUUCAUGGGAUCGAACAACCAAGAAUAUCUCCUGUGACGGCUCCGAGGUUGACCAAGACCUGCAGUCCAAACCAUCGCGUAUACGUCUCGGAGACACUCAACUGUUACAAUUGGCCCGUGAAGCAACCGACAAGACGGACUUUCACCGUCUUUCGAAUCGUCAGGCAUCUCUGAGCAAUUGGAAGUGGAAGACAAUCGCCAACGAAUUCACGGCAUUUUCGCACGGGGACGGACUUGAGUCGGCACAGGAGGUGCUAGCUACUGGGGAGAUGAAGGCAAGUCUAAACGAGCUGUCGCACAUCCUCUGCACUGCAACCGAUGCUGAUCACGAUAUGGUGAUGCGAAGUGUGUACAAGGACUACAUUCACGGUGCCGUCGUUCAUGUGGUGGAUCCGUCACUAGGGUCACCAUCUGCCUCUGCAAUGAAGUCAGAGAUGGAAUCAAAGUUGACCGUUAAGACGAGUGCCUUUGAGCGCUCGCGCAUGUUCAAGAACCACGAGCAGUGGUGCUUUCUCGAGUACUAUGAAAAGAUGAGCAAUGCCGACGCCUUCACGGUGACUCUUGCUUCGGUGCCCGGGGAGGAUUUGCUGGCUGGUAAGAUGAAGGCUGAUCGUGUUGACGAGUUACCGGAUCUGACGGCAGCAUAUCUCAUUGAAAAGAUCCCGUUAAGCAAUUUAGUGCGCGUUGUGUUCUUUGCUCAGGCUGAACUCAACGAGCGACAGCCUCAGUUCGACCAGUCUGCAUCAUUCAUGAGUCAAAGCCAUGGCAGUGAAGGCAGUCACGGCAAGCAACUUGCACAUUCCAAGAAGCGCCAAAAGCGUCUAAUGCGCCUAGCCGAAGGUGCGAGUCAGCUUCCUGAUGUUGUCCGCCGCCGCCGAUUUGGCGUCCAAUCGCUUGCUAACUUCCUUGCGUUUGAAGCGAAGAACACUCGAUGCACUUGUUGUGCGAAGUCGCUACGCUUUCUUUCACGCAAGAAGCGCUGCCAUGUGUGUGGAUACAUUAUCUGCCAUCAGUGUUGGAGCAUCCACUCGAUGGAGACCCGUGAUGGUCGUGUGUCCUCUGUGCGUGCUUGCACACGCUGUUUCGAGUUUGUGAACAAUGGAGAUUAUUCUCGUGUGGAUCAACGUCUUCGUGGACGGGCGGAGAUCCUCCCGGAUGUAUCUAAUAACUUGCCGUCGGCUGACCCUCCUGGAAAGGCUUUGACCAACUUUUUGCAUGACGCUCUUCAAAACUCUUCGGGCAACAAGCAGCAGACCAUUAUGUCUGUCAUUCGCCACUUGAUGAGUCAGGAAAAGGAGACCGAUAUUCGUUCAUCUAUGUCGUCACCUAUGCGUUUAACAGACGAUGACGCGAAACAAUGUACUGACGCGCUGGACAAUGGAAUGCUGCGCGUCGAGGUACUUCCGGUAGAAAAGUGUGUGCUUGCAAAUGUAAAGGGCCGCAACUAUCCGCUCAAUAUGGCCCCUGACGCAGAAAGUUUGAGUAAACCACCUAUGCCAAAGGACGAGCAGAUGCGUAUUGCUGCAAUUGAGAAAGGAGGGUUUUCCAAGAUCACGGACACGGACGAGCUUGAUUGGAUUUGUGAACUCGUGGCGCGCGAAAUGAAGUGCUCUUUGGGUCUGGUGACGUUAAUUAGCGAGGACGAGCAACACAUCUUGGCAGCCAAUGCGUUACCGUUCCGGCAGGUGCACAUGCCACGUGAUCACUCUUUUUGUCAACACACGAUCAUGAACGACGAACCGUUGUUGGUUCCUCAUCCCGAAUCGGACGUUCGGUUUCAAAAUUUGCCGCCGCUUCUCGCGAACGACUUGAAAUUCUAUCUCGGCUUUCCACUUAAGGACGCAAACGACCAAAUAGUGGGUUCAGUGUGCUGCUUUGACACUACGUCUCAUGAAGUAUCGGCAUCUCAGUACUCGUCCAUGAAGAAAUUUGCCGAAACGGCUUCCAAGGUGGUGCAAAUUAAAGGAAAACAGGCAUUGAUGUCAUCGAAUUCCACGACAAUUGCUUCUUUAUAA